AUGGCGUCCACCUCGGUGCUCUUAUUUGGAGCCACGGGUUACAUUGGAGCAGCGUUUCUGUCCCGCUUUAGCAACAAAUAUCUUAAAUCUCCAUCACCACGAUAUAAACUUACAGCAUCAACUCUAAGUCCUGAGAAAGCUAGAAGACUAAGGGACUUAUUGGAAAAUAUCGAGACGACGGAUGUUACGCUUGAUGAUGGUGUAAAGCUUGAAAGGGAGGUGGAGAAACAUGACAUUAUAAUCCAACUAGUUGAUUGUGAUGCCCUCGAAGGCACCAAGUCUAUUUUGAAAGGAAUGAAGACGAGAAAAGAAAAAACAGGACACCCGCCAGUUCUCUAUCAUGCUUCAGGGGGAGCGUUUCUUUUUGACGAUAAAAUGAAUGGCUAUUCGUCCCAUGUAAUCAUUUCUGACAUGGAAUCUGACCUUAUUAAUGAUAUCCCCAUAAGCAAACCCCAUCGCGUUGUCGACCACAGUAUUGCCAAUGCCGAUGAGGCUGGUGAUUUACUAUCCUUUAUUAUAGUACCAUUUGCCGUGUAUGGCACCGCUACGGGGUUAAUCCACGAACACAAGCUUGGUAACCAAACAUCUAUGCCUGUUCCACGACUCAUUCAUGUUUCUGUGGAUAGAAGAGCCGUGGGACAGAUUGGACCUGGUGAGAACCCAUGGAUGAUAUCGCACGUCAAUGAUGUAGCGGAUCUGUUCAUGGCGUUAAUUGAAGAUACUACAAAGGGAUACGGAAAAGACGGCUUCUAUUUUGCUGAUGGAGGUUCCGUUCUAGCCCGCGAUGUCUUCAGAGUUAUGGCAGAGACUCUCUAUUCAAUAGGGUUAUCCGAGGAACCGUCUCCAAAUACUUACACCGAAGAAGAACUAGACAAGUACAAAAUCGGUUUCUGGGGCGCAAGUAUUCAAGCAACAGGUGAUAGAGCAAAGAGUACCGGUUGGAAUCCUCAGCAUACGGUCAGAGAAUUCCAAGGUUAUGUCGUGACUGAGACGAAGAGACUGGCUUUUCAGCCUUUGCAGUCUUAUGGAAGGUGUCUCGAUUACUCGGAUGAGAAUACGUAUACGUCUUCUAGGCAACAAUUGUAGUGAGAUUAGGAGCCACAUAGCAAGGCAGUCAAACCUUCUUGCACCUAGCGCUGUUCAACUCGAGCGGGACCUGACAUUCUAGGCGUCGCUAGACAUCACGAACACCGGUGAUCGUGACGGCUGGGAAGUGGUUCAGAUAUACAUCUCUAGCAACGAGAGUCGAGUAGCAAGGCCCAAGAAAGAAUUGGAGGCGUUUCCGAGAGUUUGGAUUCGGACGGGCACCUCGGAACCUGUCACCUUCAGCCUUGACAAGUACGCUAUAUCUUUCUGGAAUGAAGUGCGUGGGGGGUGGCUCUCAUAGAAGGGGACCUAUCGCAUCAUUGUUGGCAGGAGUGCAGAUCCCAAGGACGAGAUCAUGUACCGUGGUAUUAAGCUAGAGG